AUGUCACAUUUUCAUGCCAAAAAUAUCAUUAAGGUUAUUAUCCAUGAAAUUAUUGAGGCAUGUGCUAAUAAAGGACAACAGGUUUCUGAAACUCUGGUUGCUUUUAUUGUAAAAGCUGUUGUUUUGGAUCCAAGAAAUGAGUUUCAUGUUGUCAAAAAGCUUACAAAGUAUGAUAUUCAAACCCUUAUCAACAUCUGUGUGGACAGACUGCUGGACCAAAACAGCCCAUCACUAAAUACAAUCAAAAUGCAGAUUUACUUUGACAUGAACUAUGCAGGUAGAAAUGAAUAUUUAAAUGAACACCACAUUGUGCUGGAGUCCAAUUUAUCACCUGUGAGUCGAGACAUAACAGACAUCCAUGCCAAAAACAGACAGGAACUUGAGGCCAUCUAUCAUAAAAUUGUCAGUUUCGUUCUUCUAUGUUCAGGCCUGGGAGCUUCAAAUGACAUUGAUACAGUGGUAGAAGCAACUGUUGCCCUACAGAGUGUAUUUCCCCGGUCUAUGCUGGCAAGUUUUUUGUCCCUCAAAAAAAAGGAUAAGGAACAGCAGCUCAGAGAGCUUACUAUGAUUGUUACUGGGAUACGACUGUAUAAUAAGGAUGUUGGAAAAGGCGGAGAAAGUAUUGAUAACCUACCAGCAAUAUUAAACAAUGACAUCCCUACUACCAGCAACCAGCAUGAAGCAGAAAUGGAACUUUCCCUGAAUAUAGCUGAACGGUAUACCACCAUCCUUGAGAAACUUGAAAAUGGCGAUGUGAAUAAAGAUUUACAUGUGUAUGCGGACCUCCUGAAAGAAGCCCUUUAUAACAUUCAACAGCAUAUUGUUUUUUUACGCCUGAUAAUGUCUGAAAUAAUCACAUGUGCUCAGCAGGUGGAAUUCCUGCAGCAAAAAUUUGGGCAGCAAAUGGAAGAGUUAAAAUCAAUAGUUCAGGAUAAAAUUGCAGUUCCUACAGCAGAUGUCUAUCCCCAUUUUAUAGCUCUGUCACGCCUAUGGUAUGGAUUUCAAGGUGAGAUAGUGCUACUCUCAGUUUUUAACAAUAUAGCCACUAGUCUGAAGCCAUAUCUCUCUUCCCAUGUGCAAAUCUUCUCAGACAACACACUAGGACCCUUACUUGAAAAUCUAGAUGUAAAAACAACUGAGCAGAGAAUAGAGGAGACCUCAAGUGACCAGAUUGACCCUAGUGAGUAUAAAGACCAUAAUUGGCUGUUUCCUGAGACUACACAUAAUUUUGAUGCCCUGCCACUUCAGUUUGGGGGAAUCUGUGCAUACACUCUUGUUGACAAAAAUGGUCUCCUGUUGAUGGGAAAUCCUAAAAUAGGAAUUUUGAAACACAAUGAAAAAUAUUACAGCUUCAGCUCAAAGAAAGCAGCCAAGACCUUUGCUGAAAACCCAGAUAAAUAUAUCUGGCUAGUAAUAGAGAUGGCAAAACGACAUGCUGAGCUUAUUCAACUGUUGGAACUUCUGCAUCAGUUUGAACCAAUUACUCCUUAUACAGGGACUGCUACCAUAACUAGUAGUACUACUACAAAUAAAGAGAAAGGUAUAGUGAGACUUGGUACAACAAGUGACAUCAGUGCACAAACAGAAACCCACCUAUUGCCAUCACAUAUUGUUAAGUCCUAUGAAUGGAAUGAAUGGGAACUCAGAAGAAAAGCUAUUAAACUGGCAAAUCUACGGAAUAAAGUAACUCAUUCAAUGCAAACAAAACUUAGCCAUCUAAGGAGAGAGAACAUAUCUCAGGUGUACUUACCAAAACAGAAAGCUUCUCAAACCAAAAAAAUUAAUACAACUAAUGUACCUAAGAUUCAGGUUAUCCGUCAUGGCUUUUUAACAUAA